AGUUAGAUGAUAGGUGAAAAAAGAGGGAUAAAAUAGCUCUCCAUUUUUCUAAAGGCCUAUAUAUAUAUAAGCACUCACAUCUCAUGAAGCACCAAGAAUAUCAAAGAAAGAAGAAAGCAAAAAAAAAAAAAAUGGGAAGGUCUCCUUGCUGUGAAAAGAUUGGAAUGAAGAAAGGGCCAUGGACACCUGAGGAAGACAUCAUUCUGGUCUCCUAUAUUCAAGAACAUGGCCCUGGAAACUGGAGAACUGUACCGACGAAAACUGGAUUGAUGAGAUGUAACAAGAGUUGCAGAUUGCGGUGGACGAACUAUCUCAGACCGGGGAUCAAGAGAGGGAACUUCACUCCUCAUGAAGAAGGGAUGAUCAUCCAUCUCCAAGCUUUGCUUGGUAACAGGUGGGCAGCCAUAGCAUCCUACCUUCCGCAGAGAACAGAUAAUGAUAUCAAGAACUACUGGAACACCCACCUCAAGAAGAAGCUCAAAAAGUAUGAGACAGAAAUUUACAGAGACCAUACAACUGAACCAGGAAUUCCAGAGACAACCAACAUGCAGUCUACACUCUCAAGGUUCACUCACAACUCAUCGGUCUAUGCCUCGAGCACCGAAAACAUAUCAAGACUCCUAGAAAAGUGGACAAAAACAACUACCGUAAAGAAAGAAUAUCAACAACAAAAACAACAAAGCCUCGUGUUCGAUAACAGUGUCAACAAUUGCAACAACAAAGAAGAGCUUGAGUCGCUGCUCUCGUUCGAAGCGAAACAGAGAUCAGAGGAUCACCAAGAGCCAAUGUCCUUACUGGAGGAAUGGCUUCUAGAUGAGUCGACAGAACAAGUAGAGGGUCUAAUGGAGAUAUCUGAUGGUGUGUUUUAGCUAGCACAGGUUAUUUCUGUCAAUGCGUAACGCUUACCUUCGUCGCCGUUUUACUGUAUUACUGUCUAGUAGCUACUAAAAACUUUCUGAA